UUUGUUCUCCACUCAUUUUCGCAGAACCAGCUCCAGAACCCUAGCCGCCGUCGGCACACCACACACAGGCACAAUGAAGUACAAUCCUAGGGUUUCGUCUUCCCGGCGCAAGAACCGGAAGGCUCACUUCACGGCGCCCUCGUCGGUCCGCCGCAUCCUGAUGAGCGCCCCGCUCUCCACCGACCUCCGCCAGAAGUACAACGUGAGGUCCAUGCCGGUUCGCAAGGACGACGAGGUUCAGGUGGUCCGCGGCACGUACAAGGGCCGCGAGGGAAAGGUUGUCCAGGUGUACCGCCGUAAGUGGGUGAUCCACAUCGAGCGCAUCACCAGGGAGAAGGUGAACGGAUCCACCGUCAACGUCGGGAUCCAUCCUUCCAAGGUCGUCAUCACCAAGCUCAAGCUCGACAAGGACCGCAAGUCGCUGCUCGACCGCAAGGCCAAGGGACGCGCCGCCGCCGACAAGGACAAGGGCACCAAGUUCACCGCCGAGGAUAUCAUGCAGAGCGUCGAUUAAUUGGGUGAAACAUUUCUUGUUUUCUGAUAGCUCUGAUUUAUCUGUUGGAAGUCUAUUUUGGAAUGGUAGCAUGGUUACUUAGUCCCUGGAGAACAAUUUUGGGAUUAUUCAAGUUUUGGAUAUUAUUACUUUCAGUUACGACUCAUUGUGGCCAAUGUCAACUGGAUAUAGCCGUGGUUGAGCUUAUGAUUUUACGAUUUCUUGAAUUAGGCUGUUUGUCGUUGUGUUAGAUUCGCACCAUUCCUGUGGUGUUGCCCCUGUGGUUGAAAUUGCGAUCGGAGUAUCAUCGACUGUUUGUUUGAAUCAUACGACAAUCACUGUGCUGGUUUUACAUCUUAUGGUCUACAAUGUCGUUAGCAGAAGGCUUUUCAUGGAAAUAUGCAUCACUAAAUCGUACAGGCCGAA